GGGCCCUGAAAUUCGAUUCAGCAGUUGGAAAUCAACCCCAGAUUUCUUCACUCACCCUCCCACGGGGGGCCACAGCACAGGCAUGGACGCCUGUUGAGGAAAACCACAAAGGGCAUCUCAACAGCUAAAACGGGAAAAAGAGAGUAUUGUCCCAGUCAGCAGGCCACUAGCUUAGUAACUUCCAUUUACCUUGGUUUUUGCUAAAAUGAAGACGCUGCACUCGACACUUCUCUUGUUACUGGUUGUGCCUCUGAUAACACCAGCACCGCCAGCUCAGCACAACUCACGCAUUAUCUAUGAUUAUGGAACAGCUAAUUUUGAAGAGACCUUAUUUAACCAAGAGUAUGAGGAGAAAUAUGUGGAUGGAAGAAAUACUAAGGAAAAAGAAACUAUGAUGAUAACUGAUGAGAAAAGUCUUCAAUUACAAAAAGAUGAUAGCAGUAUGCCAUUAAACCCCAAGAAAGAAACUGAUGAAAUGCCCACAUGCCUAUUGUGUGUUUGCCUAAGUGGCUCUGUAUAUUGUGAAGAGAUUGAUAUUGAUGCUGUACCACCCUUGCCAAAGGAAUCAGCCUAUCUUUAUGCACGGUUCAACAAAAUUAAGAAACUGACUGCCAAAGAUUUCGCAGAUAUACCUAACUUAAGAAGAAUGGAUUUUACGGGAAACCUGAUUGAAGAUAUAGAAGACAAUACUUUCUCACAACUUGCUCUCUUAGAAGAACUGACACUAGCUGAAAACCUACUAUUGAGACUUCCAGUUCUUCCUCCCAAGCUUACUUUAUUUAACGCAAAGUACAACAGAAUCGAAAGUAAAGGGAUCAAAGCAAACACAUUCAAAAAACUGAAUAACCUCUCCUACCUCUACUUGGACCACAAUGACCUAGAGUCUGUACCUCCUAAUUUACCAGAAAGUCUUCGUGUGAUUCAUCUUCAGUUUAAUGACAUAACUUCAAUUACAGAUGAUACAUUCUGCAAGGCUAAUGACACUCGCUAUAUCCGGGAUCGCAUUGAAGAGAUACGUCUGGAAGGCAACCCCAUCGCCCUCGGAAAGCACCCCAACAGUUUUAUCUGCUUAAAAAGAUUGCCCAUAGGGUCAUACUUUUAACUACUAUCAAUGCAACAUAAAAAGAUAAAACUUAUACACACUUAU